CCCUCAUCCAUCUACUGCAUUCUUCACACUGUUUUAUUUUUCUCAUUCCUGACCUCCACGCGGAUGCUUGUCGAUGGUACAUGAGUCUAAUUGAACGGAAAGACUCUUCAUCUCCAUAUUAACUCGCCACACUCUCAACCAUACCUUCACCACACCUCCCAAAAACCCUAUCAUGCCUCUUCACAUUUUCGACUCUCAUGCUGCGCCUCCUUCGUCCCGCUUUCACUUCACCUUUGCUCCAAUCCAUCGCAACUUGAAAUGACCAGCUGCUUUGUGAGCACCGAGUAACCAGAUUCGACAUUCCUCAUCUCUCAAUUAGCAUCUUUGACCUUAACUCUUCCAUACUCUACUCCUUCUACACUGUCAUCUCAUACCUUCACUCGCUCCUCCCUGCGGAACACUUCAUCAUGCCCCUCGUCACUCUUCCUCUGGUUGUUGCCUUCAACGUCAACACUAACAUGGAUCACAGCCAUUCAUUCUUUUAAUCUCUUUUCCGAUAUUUCCUGAUUCCUCAACCAAACCCUAGAUAUGCCAUCCUAUGAUAUCUGAACCAUAUUCGAUUUGUCCUCACCGCCUCCCUGGCCUCACACAACCUGCACCCUGGGGCUCCCAUCAUGGCUGUCCAGGAAUUGAUGCUGGACGUUUGGGAGUUUCUCAAAAGAAAUGUGAUCCCUGAUCUGUUCAUCAAGAGGAGGCUGAAUUUUAUCACCAUCCAUUAUCUUUACAUGAUUGGCAUGUCCCUACUCUUGUCCGUCGUCAUCUUCGGCAUAGGCGACAUUUCUUACAUCGAUGCCCUGUUCUUUGCGUCCGGGUCCUGCACCCAAAGUGGUUUGAACACCGUCAAUGUCAACGACCUCAAAACCGGCCAGCAGGCUAUCCUGUAUCUUGGCGCAAUGAUGUGUAACCCUAUCGUCAUACACUCGGCUGUCGUCUUUGUCAGAUUAUACUGGUUCGAGAAACGAUUCAAAGACAUCGUCCUCGAGGCCCGCAAGCUGCGACGCACAAAGUCUCGCAACCGCGCAAACACCAAAGAUGAUCUGGAAAAUGUCAAUCCCACCUUGAGCAUCCGUGGCAGAGUCAUCCAAUUGCUACCGCACACCGGCCGCCGUACUGGCCGCAAUCAACACUCCCAAUCCGACGAGAAACUCGAUAACCCCCCUAAUGCCAAUGGCAAAGCCGUCGAGUCGUCCCUCGGCUCCCAAAAAGACGAUGACAGCAGUGACGAUGGGCCCAAGCAAAACCCGCAGGAUGAGGGUGGCUUCCCCUUUUCAGCGUCACGGUCCGCCGAAGACGUCCGUCUGCCUGAGCAAAGGCCUCGUGAACAGCACAUUCUCUUUCUCGAGAACCAACGCAAUCCCCACGACACCACCACCCUCCGGAUCCCCAGCCCCCGCGAGUUCGAACGUGGCAGCCGGCCAGAACACCUCGAUGGUAUCGACAAUCAUCUCCUCCGCCAGAUGACCAUGGACCCUGACCUCGCUCCAAGCUCCGACAAUGACAACGGUGACAUGCAUGCACGUGUGGAACGUGCAGCCACCCACAUCACCAUCGACGAGCCACGAGUGGUGCGUGAUCGAUCCGAAAAGAUCACGUUUCCUCGAGUCAACACCAAACGUUCCGGCCAGCAGCAGUCCCAUGAUCGUGCUGGACCCGGUCCAUAUGCGCAACGGCCCCGCGUCAACAGCUCGCGCUCUUUUUUGCGCAGCAACACCGGCCGCACUAUGGAACCGGCUCCCUAUCUCAGCUGGCAACCUACCAUUGGUCGUAAUUCCUUCUUCUUUGACCUGACGGAGGAUCAGCGAGAAGAAUUGGGCGGCAUCGAGUACCGCUCCCUCAAGCUCCUCGCUAAGGUGUUGGUGGCAUAUUUCUUUGUCUUUCACCUGUUUGGCGCUCUGUGUCUGUUCCCGUGGAUUCUCCGCUCUCGUACCUACAGCCAAGUCGUGGACGAAGUCGCCCAGAAUCGUGUCUGGUGGGGCUUUUUCACCAGUGCUUCUGCAUUCAAUGACUUGGGGUUCACCCUGACGCCAGAUUCGAUGAUUUCCUUUCAACGAGCCGUGUGGCCGUUGCUGCUCAUGACGUACUUGAUCAUCAUCGGCAAUACGGGGUUCCCUUGCAUGCUCCGCGCCGUCAUCUGGAUCAUGUCUAAGCUGUGUCGCGACGACUCGCCGACAUACGAAGAAUUACGGUUUUUGCUGGACCAUCCCCGCCGAUGUUUCACCCUGCUGUUUCCUGGUCCCGCAACCUGGGUGCUCUUCGGCAUCUUGGUUCUUCUGAACGGCGUCGACCUGAUCUUCUUCAUCAUCCUCGACUUGAACGAUGCCACCGUCACCCAGUUGCCGAGUGGCAUCCGAUUCCUCGCCGGCCUCUUCCAAGCUGCCGCCACACGGACUGCUGGUUUUGCCGUGGUGAACUUGGCCGACCUGCAUCCUGCCAUUCAGGUCAGUUACCUGAUCAUGAUGUACAUUUCGGUGUUUCCCAUUGCUAUUUCUAUGAGAAGAACCAAUGUGUACGAAGAAAAGAGUUUGGGCAUCUAUGGUAGUCCCGCCGAAGAAGGCGAAGAUGAAAAAGAAGCUAGCUAUGUGGGAGCCCAUCUGCGGCGACAAUUGAGUUUCGACUUGUGGUAUGUCUUCUUGGGUCUUUUCAUCAUCGCAAUUAUUGAAGGAAGUCGCUUGGAGAACACCAACGAAUACGCCUUUACCCUCUUUUCGGUGUUGUUUGAGAUUAUCUCGGCGUAUGGCACCGUCGGCCUCUCUCUGGGCUAUCCUGGGACCGACACGUCCUUUUCGGCGCAAUUUCGGACGCUGUCGAAAUUGGUCAUGAUCGCCAUGCAGAUUCGAGGACGACAUCGUGGGCUACCAUAUGAAGUUGAUCGAGCCAUUUUGCUGCCCUCGGAGAGCCUACAGGCAAAAGAGGCCAGAGAAGGAGAGCGAAUUGUGAUGCGGCGUCGGCGGUCAUCGGCGGGCCAGUCGAUGCUCUCAGCUGUGGAUGGAAAUCUAGAUGGACGUCAUUUCCGCCCGGAAACCGGGUUGGCAACGGCAGUCCACGUUGGUGAAGGCGAAGCCUACGUCCGACCACUCCAGGCCCGAACGAACACAAAUCGAACAGACGUGAGCGUGAGCAGCAAUACAGAGCAGCAUCAUGCGUAUCCAACCCAUACAGCACAUCAUCCUCGACCGCAUUCGGGUCAGCAUGGCCUGGGUUCUGCCAUGUACAAACUUGCCAAUCAAAUCGAUUCUAUCAAGGAAGAGAAGAGCCGCGAGUCAUGAUGGACGUGACAUGUUGCGACACCUGUGCAUAGUGGGGAGGCUGUCUUAACAUGUCUAGCCGACUUGUUGAUAAGUCUGGCAACUAAAUAUUCCAAGUACUUGAGCGAUGGCGCUAAUGGAAUGGUUUCAAUGACAACGAUGACGAUGGGUUUAUUAUAGCUGCACCUGUAUUGUAUCCUUAACAUAAAUGUAGGAUGGAACAAAGCGAAAUCAACCAUGAUAUCGACCGCAUGGGUUGAAUCACGUGUAAAGGCAAAGAAUCUCACGUGCAAUGUCACGUGGCUAGAAUGUGUUGGGUUUGUGUUGGGUUCGAUGAAGCCAAGGUAAGCCUUUGUAGUGGAUUCCUUGGGCUAUUAUUGGCGCUUUUCUUGGAAGGGGAGGAACACGCGGUGAAAGAAGGGGACAAGACUCCAAGCAACACACAGGUCUAAUGUACAGACAAAAGUCUGCAUUGGCAGGAAUGCUUCACCAGCCCAUUCCAACUCAAGCCUGAAACCGGUGGAGUAGAGAGUUGAGUUAUGUGUGACAUUCUGUAU